AUGUCUGACUUUGAUAUAUUCGAUUACGCCACCAAGUGGUAUGUUUUAGCGCCAGCAUUGAUUGUCCUUUAUGCCGUAUACAAAAAAGUUAACGAGGCAUACUUGAGGAAAAAGUUGGGUGCAGCCAAGGAAGCAAAUUGUGAAAGUGAUGGAGCUUUCGGAUUCAGACUCCCAUUCUGGCUUAUUCAAUGGAAAAAGGAGGGAACCAUUAUUGACAAUGCAACUGAUAGAUACGCUGACAUCACAAAUCCAAAUGUCCCUACACUCUCUUUGAAAAUCUUUGGUGUAAAGCUUUGGUCUACCAAAGAUCCUGAAAACAUCAAGGCAAUUUUAGCUACCCAAUUCAACGAUUUCUGUCUAGGAACUAGACACCCACAAUUGAAGCCAUUAUUGGGAGAUGGUAUCUUUACUUUGGACAAUCAAGGAUGGAAAGAGUCAAGACAA